UAAAUGAAGUUGAUAAAUGGUGUAAUUGCGUGUAUUAGAGAAGGCAGCUAGGGGGAUUGGGUGCAGCAAUUCCUGCCCAGAUGACUAGCGGACAGGGUCCAGAUGGAAGGGGGUGGUCCCUUCCCUGCUGUACAUUUCUGUCAUGUAUUCAGGGGGGUCUAAAGAAGAAAAAAAAUAGAGAGCAAGAUUUAGAAAAGUGAUAGGUGGUCGGGUUGUGCUUGGUUGCUGGGACUUUUACGCAGGACGCCUCUCUCUCCUGUCUUAUAGGACUAGUGGAGGCAGCAAGACACAGAGAUGGCCACCGGUUGGGAGGCUCUAUUACAAUAGUACAAGUCAGUCCAAGACAGAGUCUGAUUAAGGGUCCACUUGCCAAGAUACGGAUCGUGCAUGGUUUUCCUGUGCAGUGAGAGAGAAGGAGCUGGGUACACGAGCCGGGCGCUGCUGGGAAGUUAUGCAGACAGCUGAGCCCAAGGAUCUCAGCGGCUGCUUCCUGAGCUGAUAGUGCCACUCAGCGUCUCACAGCCUUGGACGUGAUCCCUCCAGGGGAUUUCAUGUGCUCUGCCGUCUGCAAGAGGUAAAUAGGUCAUCCAGUUUCCAAGAAGACAGUUUUUUACGAGUGAAGGAUCAAACCUACCACACAGACUGUGUGUAUGUGUGUUACUCUGCCUGUGUGUAAGUGUGUGUGUGUAUGUGUGUGUGCAGCACUGGUGCUUCCAGAUGACCACGGAGAAUCACAGCCAGCACUUAGAUCCUACAGCUCCUCACACAAGCAGCCCCACCACAGGGGCUCUGCAGCCCGCACUAAUGAGCCAGCAGCCCGCAGCCAUGGACACUUCGUCCUCUUCUUCCUCAUCCAAGAACAAGAAGCCAAACUCGGGACUCAGGCGCCCGGAGAAGCCUCCCUAUUCUUACAUUGCUUUGAUUGUCAUGGCCAUCCAAAGCUCUCCCACCAAAAGGCUCACCCUGAGCGAGAUCUAUCAGUUCCUGCAGGCCAGGUUCCCCUUUUUCAGAGGAUCUUACCAAGGCUGGAAAAACUCUGUGCGCCACAACCUCUCUCUGAAUGAGUGUUUCAUCAAGCUGCCAAAGGGUCUAGGGCGGCCAGGCAAAGGGCACUACUGGACCAUCGACCCUGCCAGCGAGUUCAUGUUUGAGGAAGGAUCCUUCCGACGCAGACCUAGAGGAUUCCGCAGAAAAUGCCAGGCUCUGAAGCCCAUGUAUAGGAUGAUGAAUGGUAUAGGCUUCAGCACGUCUAUCCUGCCCCAAGGAUUUGAUUUCCAAGCCCCUUCUGCGUCUCUGGCAUGCCAUAGUAAUGGCUACAACUUAGAUAUGAUGGCGAACUCGAUGACAGGAGGAUAUGAUGGCUUGAGUGGAGGUCACCAUGUCCCACACAUGUCCCCUAAUCCUGGUUCUACAUAUAUGGCGAGUUGCCCUGUAUCUUCAAGUGGUGACUAUGGACCAGACAGCAGCAGCAGUCCUGUUCCUUCUUCCCCUGCUAUGGCCAGUGCUAUGGAAUGCCAUUCUCCUUAUACAAGUCCUACAGCUCACUGGGCAUCAUCUGGGGCCUCUACCUACCUGAAGCAGCAGGCCAUGCCACCUAGUAACGCAGCAACUGCAGGUAUACACUCAGGCAUGUCCUCUUACACCUUGGAGCAAACUUACCUCCACCAAAAUACUCGGGAGGAUCUCUCAGUGGGAUUACCUCGUUACCAGCACCACUCCUCCCCUGUGUGCGACAGAAAGGAUUUUGUGCUCAAUUUUAACGGGAUUUCUACUUUCCAUCCGUCUGCCAGUAGCUCCUAUUAUCAUCACCACCAUCACCAGAGUGUCUGCCAGGACAUAAAGCCCUGCGUGAUGUAGAGGAUAACAGCGAUUAAUGGACUGUGGGCGAGUAGGAAUCGCAUACUGGGUCUGUGUAUGUACUGUCCUGCACUGCACUGUGCCAUGUAAUGACGUGUACUCCACUGUGCCAUGUACUGUCCUGUACUGCACUGUGCCAUGUACUGACCUGUACUGCACUGUGCCAUGUACUAACGUGUACUCCACUGUGCCAUGUACUGUCCUGUACUGCACUGUGCCAUGUACUGACGUGUACUCCACUGUGCCAUGUACUGUCCUGUACUGCACUGUGCCAUGUACUGACGUGUACUCCACUGUGCCAUGUACUGUCCUGUACUGCACUGUGCCAUGUACUGAUCUGUACUGCACUGUGCCAUGUACUGACGUGUACUGCACUGUGCCAUGUACUGACGUGUACUCCACUGUGCCAUGUACUGUCCUGUACUGCACUGUGCCAUGUACAGACGUGUACUCCACUGUGCCAUGUACUGACCUGUACUGCACUGUGCCAUGUACUGACGUGUACUCCACUGUGCCAUGUACUGACCUGUACUGACCAUGUACUGACCUGUACUGCACUGUGCCAUGUGGUGACUUGUACUGUACUGUGCCAUGCUGCCAUAUUUUAAAUCUGGGUGACUGAGAGUUGCCCUGCUGGACCUAGGACAUACAGUGCACUACAUUGCCAUGCCGGCAUGCCUCCAUACCGUAUAUUUUUGGACGAAUCAGGAUCCCAGGACUGGACCUAUGUCUCUUGUACCGUAUUAUACUGUGCCAUGUUCCAUACUGUUGUCCUCGUGUAAGGUAGUUUACCACAGUUUGUCACUUCUAAUCUUCCAAUGGACGUUUUAUGUAUUGAGGCACUUAAUAUUCUCAUUCUUCUCCAAAUAGAGGUAAUAAUAGAGUUUGAUAUGUUUACAUUUUUUUGUAAUCAGGAGACAUUUUCCAAACAGAUGCGUGCAAGUACCCUUAACAAAAUACUCUGUAUUUUCUCAAAUACAGUUCUAUCCUCAAUUCCUCAAAUUCAGGGUUCAUCCUACUGUUGUUUCUGCUAAAUUUACAAAAAUGGGAAAACUAUUGUCAUAUAACAAUAGUGUAAACGAAAGCGAUACAUAAAUCAAUUUGAGACAUGCAUUUGCUGUAGUAAACGUUUAAUUUAUUAUAUAAACAUCAGUUGUUAUCCAUUGCAGCGCCACGUUAUUGCAUUUUCUCCUUGUGAUCCAUGCGAUCCGUAUAUACUGUAAGUACACUAUAUCCAAGUCUAUCAGCCCGUAUGCUGCACCUGCAGCAUACUGCAGACCCCAGUUUGGUAUACGACAUCCAUAGAUUGUGAUAGUAAAAUACAGUUUUCGUAUUCUAAUGAAAACGCUAAUUCAGUUUCAGAUUAAAACCAUCUUGACAUAAAUCAUAACAUUCUGAUAUCUGGGAUAGUAAAGCUGGUAAUUUAAAUUUGGUCGUUUAUCAUUGUAAAUAUUUUCAAUGUGACUUAGCCAUGAAUCAUGGCUCAUGUUAACUUAACCCCCCCCCCCCCCCCCCCCGUAAAAUACUCUACAUAAGGUGGAAAUGAUCAUAUGAUUCUAAAGCAACCACAAACGCAUUAGAUCAGGCUCACAAUGUUACUUGUGGAUGUUUAUUAUUCAAUGACCUACAUAUCUCCCCCCCCCUCUCUCUCUCUCUCUCUCUCUCUCUCUCUCUCUCUCUCUCUCUCUCUCUCUUUCUUCCUGCUUUCCUCUAAAAAGUGGAGUUCUCGCCACAGAUUUUCUUCCCUUAUUACCUUCCCUAUUACCGUCUAGUAUUGAAUAAAUGUAUAUACUAGGAAAUAAAUGUUUUAGUUUUGCGGAAAACAAAUAUAAAAAAGUUCAAUGUUAUUUUUUAGAUUGUCUUAUCACAUUAUGUUGAAACGUGUUACUGAAAUGUGUAUAAUCACACUGCUUUUUAAGGAAAGAUUAUAUUUGCACUUAUGUAGUCGUGAAAUAUUGUUCUAGUAUUCAGAUGUACAUUUUUUUCCAAUAAAAUUUUAUAACUCCCAGCAGAGAUGAUCUCUCUUAUCUAGGCGUGUUAGAUCAAUGAUACAUUAAUAAGGGAAAGGAUACACGUACUGUAUUUGUAGCACUGUAAUACUAUUUCAUGAAAACGAAUAUUCCUGGAAUAUCCCAUGUUUAUUAUGUUAUGAUGUGAACCCUAGAAAUAUGUGUCAAUAUUUAUAGAGAACAAGUAGUGCGCAGAUAACAAUAUACUACUCGUACUAUUCUCCCUGGUGGUUGCAGAUUAUAUAAUGGUAGUGCAUCGAAUAUUGCUCUCUAUAUUUAUUUUUGAAGCCCUAUUUACAUUAAACCAAUAUAA